GAGGGCCAUCCCAAGCAGAAUAGAAUUUACCGUACGUGUGCCCAUGCUCGAUGCCACCGGGGUACCCAAACAAAGGCUAAAGUAAAGUUCGUUCAUCGGGAGCCACACUCAAGAUUCCCCCUCCCCUAUCCUUUCCCCCUCUCUUUCCUGUGCGCCCAUUGCCCUCGUCUUUCUCCAUCUCCUCCAAAUCAACGAACUGUCACGUUACCACACACCAUUACCAGCUGCUGAAGAGUGAGAGUGAGGAGUAGGUGCGCUGCUCUGUCCUGACAUUGCACGCGCUUGCCGCCGAGCUCUGCAUUGCGUUUACCAGCAGCUAUCCCCGAUGGGGUUGCCGAGAUGUAUCGCCGUCAUUGUGCUCCUUUUGAUUUCAUGGAGAGAGGGGGAGGCGGCAAUGUUCACGUUCGUCAACCGGUGCGCAUACACGGUGUGGCCAGGCGUCCUGUCGAACGCCGGCACCGCGCGGCUCGGCACCACGGGGUUCGAGCUCCCGCCGGGCGCGUCGCGCGCGGUGCCGGCGCCCUCUGCCUGGUCCGGCCGUCUCUGGGCCCGCACCGGAUGCGCGCAGGACGGCGCGUCAGGGCGGCUCGUCUGCGCCACCGGCGACUGCGGCUCCGGCACGGCCGAGUGCGCCGGCGCCGGCGCGGCGCCCCCCGCGACGCUGGCCGAGUUCACGCUCGACGGGACGGGCGGGCUGGACUUCUACGACGUCAGCCUUGUGGACGGGUACAACCUGCCUGUGCUGGUGGAGCCGUCCUCCGGAGAGCGCCCCGGCGGCGCGUCGAGCGCCGGGUCUUGCGCGUCGGCGGGGUGCGCGGCGGACCUGAACGCGAUGUGCCCCGCCGAGCUCCGGUCCGGCGGCGGCGCGGCCUGCCGGAGCGCGUGCGACGCGUUCGGGCGGCCCGAGUACUGCUGCAGCGGCAUGUACGCCAACCCCGGGACAUGCCGGCCGACGUCCUACUCUCAGGUGUUCAAGAUGGCGUGCCCGCGCUCCUACAGCUACGCCUUCGACGACCCCACCUCCACCUUCACCUGCGCCGGCGGCCCCGACUACACCGUCACCUUCUGCCCCGGCGCCACCCCGAGUCAGAAGUCCACCACGGUGCCGGCGGCCACGACGACGCCGACGCAAACGAGCCCCCUGCCGACGACGGUGCCGCGGACGGAGACGCCGACGACGACGGUGCCCGGGACGGAUACGCCGGCUAUGAUGCCGGGGAUGACGUUCACGGAUGCCAACCAGGGCAGCAUGCCGAUGCCGAUGGGCGGCGAGGUCGGCACUGGCGGUGGCGGCGGCAUCCAGGGGCAGGGCGUCAUCCUCGGGGGCGCAAGCAGCGACGCCUGGCUCGCCAACAUGGCCACCGGCGACGUGACGGGUGCGGCAGCGGCACCACGCGCGGCAGCCUCCGCCGCUCGGCUAGUCGCCGCGCCAUUGGCGUUGCUCGCGCUCCAUCUGCUGCGAUAGAUGGAGGUCGCCGGAACACUGAUUGAUCGGUGCAAUGUAUUCGGGUGAAAAGAAAGAGGGGUUGGCCGUAGGAUUAGAUUCGGAAACGCCAUUGUAACUUUCCGUGUUGAUGGGAUUUUGCUGUAAGUACGUACUCACUUAUUUUGAGACGGAGGAAGUAGAUUGUUGGUUAAA